AUGGCUAAAUAUUGUUUAAGUCAGUUCUAUUUUUAAAGACAAUCAAGAAAAAAAAUUUUAUUUCAGAAAAAACGAGCAAACGGGUCAGUUGCGCCAAGCGUUACAAGAUCGAGAAGAAAGUCCGCGAUCACAACAGAAAAGUGAAGAAGGAGGCGAAGAAGAAUGGUUCGAAUUGGUUCUCCAAUCUCAUAUGCAUUAAAUUUUGCAGGCACAGCUAACAAGAAAGAAAAGACUAUCAGCGUGCCGAAUUCUUGCCCUUUCAAAGAAGACAUUUUGAUCCAAGCAGAGCAAGAACGUGAAAAGAUCAAAGUGCGCCAGGAAGCUGCCAAGGAAGCUGCCAAAAUUCAUCGGAUCGAGAAGAGAAAGAUUAAUCUACCCGCCAACUUCGAGAGUAUGGUUUCCAAAGCUGCCAAACAGAGUUCCGAGUUCGACAAGAAGGCUGCAGCUGCUGCUGAGCAAGAGAAGUUCAAUACUCUUGAUGACAAAACGAUCAAGGCUUAUGCUAGUGAAGUCAGAAAGACGGUCGAGAUUGCUGACGUUAUCAUUCAAGUUCUUGAUGCGAGAGAUCCGCUUGGAAGUCGCAGCAAGUCUGUGGAAGAGCAGGUUCUCAAGGGAGGAAAGAGACUUGUGCUUUUGCUGAAUAAGAUCGACUUGGUGCCACGUGAGAACGUGCAGAAGUGGCUCGAGUAUCUUCGCGGACAGUUCCCGACCAUCGCUUUCAAGGCUUCGACUCAGGAACAGAAGUCGAAUAUCGUAAGUUCUGUCUUUCAUUCAUAUCUUAUUUUUCAUACUCCAGGGUCGUUUCAACAGCGCUAUCUUAAACAAUACUGAAACUUCAAAAUGUGUUGGAGCUGAUAUCGUCAUGAAAAUUCUCGCGAACUACUGCAGAAACAAAGAUAUCAAGACUAGCAUUCGCGUUGGUAUUGUUGGUAAGAUAAGCAAAGAAGGAUCAUCGUGGAAACAAUCAGCCUCUUUCAGGAUUCCCAAAUGUUGGUAAAAGCAGUGUGAUCAACAGUCUGAAGAGAAGAAAGGCUUGCAAUGUGGGCAAUCUUCCAGGAAUCACCAAGUAAGCAAAUCUCCUUGCUAGCGCUUCUAAGCUAACGAUUUCAGGGAAAUUCAGGAGGUCGAAUUGGACAAGAACAUCCGUCUCAUCGACUCGCCCGGAGUAGUUCUCGUCAGUCAAAAAGACUUAGACCCGGUUGAGGUGGCCCUCAAGAACGCUAUCCGCGUCGACAAUCUGCUCGACCCUAUCGCUCCAGUCCACGCUAUUCUCCGUCGUUGCAGCAAAGAAACUGUAAUUGGUCAACUCCGAUCGCUUGUUUCAUUCCAUUUGUUUAGAUCAUGAUGCACUACAAUUUGGCUGACUUCUCGUCCGUCGACCAAUUCCUUGCUCAACUUGCUCGUCGCAUUGGAAAACUUCGCCGCGGAGCUCGUCCGGAUCUAAAUGCUGCUGCGAAGAGAGUGCUGAACGACUGGAACACUGGAAAGCUGAGAUAUUACACUCAUCCACCAGAGCAAGGUUCAUCAAAGGACGAGAUUGUCGUACCAGCUGAAGUCGUCUCGCAAUUUAGCAAGGAAUUCGAUAUUGACGCGAUUGCUGAUGAGCAGAAUCAGAUUGUGGAGGGACUGCCGAUGGAGAGUGAUAUCAUUGUUCCACACAAUUCAGAUGAGGAGGAGGGAGACGAAGAUGAAGAGAUGGAGACUGAGAGUUAGUUGAAAAUACCAAAAUUGAAAAAAAGGUUUCUUUUUAGCCAAGCAGCAGACAGUUACCAGUGGCAGAAAAGUGAAAGGUCCGACGAUCGACGAGGACAAGCCGGUGCUCCCGGAAAGUCUCGCUCUCGAAGGAAAUGUUCAGUUGAACAAACUGAUCAAGACGGCCAUCAAGAAACAAAAGAAGAAGGCAAAGAAGACUGCCAACAGAGCUGACAAACUGUCUGACGCAAUCGGAAACAUGCUUGGAGACGCCAUGGAAAUGUAA